UAAGUUGCCUGGGGCAUGUCCUUAAAGAACUGCAUGCAUGUUAUACUUCUCCAUAUCCCUUGCAGAGCUGAAGCAGACUGGCAAAGAUCUCAGUUCAUGGGCUUCACAAUUUGAAGAGCUUCAUAACUUGGUGGAAAUUUCAACCUAGGUUCCUCUAGUCUCCAUGCAACACCUAUCUGCUUGUCUCCCACAAUGACACCCUUCAACAGAAUUAGUAGCUGUCCGAACUCAACUGUAUCUGCCCCGCACUGGCAGGAUAACAUCACAGGACCUGGACUGGCACAGCCUCAUGCUUACUAUGCCCUGUGUUACUGCAUCUUGAUCUUGGCCAUCAUUUUUGGGAAUGUCCUGGUCUGCCUGGCGGUGCUGCGGGAACGCAGUUUGCAAACUACCACCAACUACCUUGUGGUGAGCCUGGCCGUAGCGGACCUGCUCGUGGCGACACUGGUGAUGCCAUGGGUGGUGUACCUCGAGGUGACGGGAGGAGUCUGGAAUUUUGGCCGUGUCUGCUGUGAUGUAUUUGUAACUAUGGAUGUGAUGAUGUGCACAGCCAGCAUUUUAAACCUCUGUGCCAUCAGCAUUGACAGGUACACUGCAGUGGUUAUGCCUGUUCAUUAUCAGCACAGCACAGGGCCCAGCUCUUGCCGGAGAGUCUCCAUCAUGAUAGUAAUGGUCUGGUUGCUGGCCUUUGCCGUUUCCUGCCCUCUUCUCUUUGGCUUCAAUACUACAGGCAACCCCAACAUUUGUUCUAUCUCCAACCCUGACUUUGUUAUCUACUCCUCCGUGGUGUCCUUUUAUCUUCCAUUCUUGGUGACUCUGCUGCUCUACAUCAGGAUUUACCUUGUGCUGAGGCAAAGACAGAGGAAGCGAAUCCUCACCAGACAAGGCAGCCACAGCAUCAAAGCCUGUUUCAAGCAGAAACCACUGACACCCACCGAACUGCAACAGUAUUGCAGCUUCUGCCAUGAAGCUUCCUUCUCCAGUACAGGAGAUAAAGAGGCUGUUGACCUAAAGAUGAGACGAAAAGCCAAGGAACAGAGCUUAGAAGUGCGCAAACUCAACAAUGGAAAGACCACAACAUCUUUGAAGCUACCAUCUCAGCAGCAUCGGACAAUACAGCUCAGAGAGAGGAAGGCCACACAAAUGUUAGCUAUUGUUCUUGGGACCUUCAUAGUCUGCUGGAUGCCAUUCUUCUUGACCCACAUACUGAAUACCCACUGCCAUGCCUGUCACAUCUCCCCAGAGCUGUAUAGUGCUACCACAUGGCUUGGAUAUGUCAACAGUGCCCUCAACCCUGUCAUCUAUACCACCUUCAACAACGAGUUCCGUAAAGCUUUCCUCAAGAUCCUAUAUUGCUAAGUGACAGAUGCGAUGUGUAUGCUGCCAAAAAGGCUGGAUCUUCCCGCCUAUCAGUGGGAAAGGAUUCCACAGCCACUUUUCCAUAGUUUACUUUACACACUACUUGGAAAAGCUUUUAAAACAUAGUAAGAGGAUUCAUAUGUUCAGUGUUACACACUGGUGAACAAAGAACCAAUAGGCUAUGCUGAAGUUCACCAUCCCUGAGAAACACACAGCAGGACAACAUUCAAAUGGCUCCAGGAUGCAAC